AUGGUUUACAGCUCACACACGGCUGACGAUCGGCGCCUGCUCAGUGCGUCUUCUCCGCUGCCGCUGCUUGGAUCGCGGACCUGGGGGGUUUCUGUCCCGUCCGUGUGCUCCUGUGUGCGCCGCAGGAAUACACCAGAGGAUCAAGAUAUUGACAUGAAGAAAGACAUCGAGAGUCUAAUCGCAGAAGAACGAGCUGAUAUCAUCUUGAAGUAUGCUACGGGCAGGCAGGGCGGGGUGGAGAUCUACCCCUGGGAGGAUGCUGAUUACAGCAUCUACAAAGUCAUCGACCGUUUCGGCUUCAUGCAUGAAGAUGAGCUGCCGGCACCAACUGCACAUGAAGAGAAGCUGAAGCAGCAGGAGAUUGAGAGAGCAGAGAAAUGGCUGAAGAUGGUGAAGAAGUGGGAUAAAUACAAGAACAGUGACAGGAUGGUAAAACGAGUAUACAAAGGCAUCCCCCUGCAGCUCAGAGGCCGGGCCUGGGCACUGAUGCUGGACGUGGACAGGGCCAAGAAGGAGAACGAGGGCAAAUAUGAGAAAAUGAAGGAGCAGGCCAGGCUGUGCUCAUCUGAGAUCAAACAGAUUGACUUGGACAUCAACAGGACAUUUCGAAACCAUAUCAUGUUCAUGGAUCGCUUUGGAGUCAAGCAGCAGGCUCUCUUUCAUGUCCUCUCUGCAUAUUCAGUCUACAACACAGAGGUGAGCUACUGCCAGGGCAUGAGUCAGAUUGCCGCCCUGCUGCUCAUGUACAUGAAUGAGGAAGACGCUUUCUGGGCCCUGUCACAGCUGCUCACCAACCAGAAACACGCCAUGCAUGGCUUUUUUGUUCCAGGCUUUCCAACACUUCAGAGAUUCCAGGCACAUCAUGAUCAGAUUAUUUCCAAGCUCGUUCCCAAACUGAAGAAACAUCUGGACAAAGAGCAGAUGUCUGCAGGCAUUUACAGCACCAAAUGGUUCCUGCAGUGUUUCAUUGACAGGACACCGUUCACCCUAACGCUCCGCCUGUGGGACAUUUUCAUCCUGGAGGGAGAGCGGCUCCUCACCGCCAUGUCUUACACUAUCCUCAAGAUACACAAGAAGCGCCUCUUGAAGAUGUCUCUGGAGGAGCUGAGAGAGUUCCUGCAGGAGCGCAUCGCUCAGACUUUUUUCUACAGCGACGACAUGAUCGUUGAGCAGCUUCAGGCCUCCAUGGCUGAGCUGCGAAAGAUGAAGCUGGAUCUCCCGCCUCCAGGGAAGCCUGAGGAGCUGCCCCGUAAGCCGCUGGGCCAAGAGCUACCCGUGCUGCUGAGUCCAGUGCGGCCCUCUGAAGGGAAGCCAACGUCAGCUAGCGGGUUCCCCAAAGCCGGCCUGUGCCUCCGCAUCAUCUCCCACCAGCCAGACUCCAUAUCCCCAGACCAGAGUCCCUCCAAGGACCUUGUGAAUCUUGAAGGUGUGGACAAAGAGGAGACUCCGUUGCCUUCCCCAGAUCCCAUCAUCAUCCACAGCCAAGCCCCACUCACCCCUGACAGCUCCCCACUAGCAGGGCCUCCGCCUUACCAACCCCCAUGGAGUCAAACUGUGGUUGCAGCAGAUCAGCCGUCACCACGGUCCGACCCGGAGAGGGUUGGAAUAGAAGCUGACACAGAUGUCCCGGUAGGACCUCCCUCACCUUCAGAAAUAACCAGCGCCCCGCACUCGGCCUCUACUAACGACCUCACUGCAGACGCGCAUUCGGCCGUCACCGGUCAGUUCUGCUGCAAAGUCCCGCGGACUCUUUCAGCGCCCGUGUCUCAGGUAGCCUCGCCGGCUUUGGGCAUGGCCCAGUCUGAGAGUCUGCCUGCAGCAGAGAGGCUUCAGCUGCCAGAGCAGGCCUCAGCACUGAGCAGGGACGUGAACCUGGACUCGAGUGCAGAAUCAGAGGACACAUCGGCUGCCGAUGUUUCAUGAGAAGAGCAGAAAAGUGUAGAUCGCUAAUUUAUUUAUGACGCUUUUACAUGUAAAAAGGUUAAGUCUGUGAUUAAUGUUCUGGUGUGAUUUAUUAGUCAGAUUUACAGUGUUAAGCAACAGUUGCUUCAAAAUGUGCUUUCAGUUUCGGGAUCAGUAUUUAUAAAAGUUUUGUAUUUGCCAAUUUUCAAACUGACUUUCUAAAGACUUUUGGCUACAAGAAGCUGUUUCCUCCUUCGGACUUUUCAGCCCUUUUUCAUGUUAGGUAACAUUUUAACUGGUAGAUUUUUGCCCUUUAUAUGGCUGAAAGUUCCAGAUGUAGGUUACAAAGACAAUAUGUCGACAUAGUGAAAGGCAGAUGGGUUUGUUUGGUCCUGAAGCAGUGAACAGGAUGAUGUAUGUGCUGUUCUGUUAGAUCCAGUUGUGGGAGAAGGACAUGCUAGCUAGCUGUCAUUCUGGCUUUUAAAUGUCUUAAUUAGAAGAUGUCUGUCUUAAUACAACCCUCACAUGCUUUGCUGAAUAAGCAAAUGUCCCAAGCCAUUUAUAAGCCUUAAAUGGCUUGGGCCUGUAACUGAUAAGAAAUAUAUCAGCAUAUUCUGAGAGGAUCAGCUGAGAACUUUUGUCAGAUUUAAUUGAUUUUCAGUUCAGUUCUUUUCUCCAGUUGAGCAGAAGCUUCAGUAGUUUGGGGGUUUUUUUUGUGGGCACCGAUCUUUCCACUUUAACCGAACAUUAAAAAACACCUGAGUACCUGCUAAAAUCGCUGAUCUGUGGAAAACACGUCACUUCAUCGUUCAACUUUGGGCACAAAGCAUUUUUGCCCAGAAUGGACUGAUUCUUAUAGAGCGCUUUUCUAUUCUCAAAGCGCUCUAUGCAACAUGCCUCAUUCACCCAAUCACACCCAUUCUCACAAGCACUUUAUCUAUACUCAGUGCUUUCUAAGUA